GUUUAAGUAAGAAAACUGUAUUAAUUUAUGUAUGUAAUGUAUAUAAAUAGUGUAUGCAAUAUAUAUGAAAGCCAAUUUUUCUAGUUGAACGUAGCAGUGAAUGAUUUGUAAUAUAUAUAUGAAUUAUGUAUAAAAAUUGGAUUAACUGUGUAUUAAUUUUUUAUUAAAUUAGAUAAAUUGUGUAUGAAAGUGAAUUUUAGAUUGUAUGUAGCAGUUAAUUGUAUAGUAUGAAUUAUGUAUAAACAUUGUAUUAAUUUUGUAUUAAUUUAAAAUUUUGUUAUUGCAUAUAUAGGUAAAUUGUAUAUAAAUUGUGUAUGAAGUGUGUAUUAAUUUUGUAUAAACAUUGUAUUGAGAGUGUACUAAACAGUGUAUUAAUUGUGUAUUAAAUUACAAUAGUGUAUAAACAUUGUAUUAAGUGUGUAUUAAAUUUAAAUUUUGUUAUUGCAUAUAUAAGUGAAUUGUAUAUAAAUUGUGUAUGAAGUGUGUAUUAAUUUUGUAUGAAUAAACUUAUAAUUUUAUUAUGGGAUGCACUGAAUGUAAUUUUAAUGUUGUGAAACAGGGAAAUACGUCGACUUUGAGAUGGAGGGCAUCUUAUACGAUACUUUACUCUUUAUACUGGUUUAGUUAAUGCUAUAGUAACUCAGCUAAAUAUAGAAGAGAAUAUAAAUUCUGUUGAGAUAAAGUAUAUAGUUAGCGAAAUGUGUCCACCUAUAAAAAUUCAUAAUGAUGUUGGGGUAAAGAUUUUUCUAGAUCAGAUGAGGGUGAAUUUGGAUUUUUUUACAAAAUAUCCAUUAUGCAUCACUUUGAAAGAUUGUGAGCAGUAUAACGAAUGUCAUAGAGUUAUAGUUAAUGAUAGAAUAAAUUCUGAUGUUAGAUUAUCACAGACUAACAUAGAUCUGUACUCCAACAAUUCUAUCAGUUUGAUCGGAAUGGAUUUAGACGGAGUUGUCAAUGAUAAUAGUGAAGUAGAUAAUGAUAUAAUAUGUGAUCAUUCUAACCUAUUUGUAGCUGAUAAUCAGAUUUAUAAUAAUAAAGAAACUCUUAAGGAGGUUAUAAGGCAUGUUAGACUUGUUGAGAAGUUCAGCUUUCGGGUUGCGCGUUGUAAUGCAUCUAAUUAUCACCUGAAUUGUAUUUCUAAGACUUGUUCUUGGAUGAUAAGGGCAUCUAGUUUGAAUAAAUCGAAUUUAUUCAAAGUUAGGAAGUAUAUUGCUCAACACACAUGUUCUGUUAGGGAAAGAGUUUAUGCCAGACGUCAAGGGAUAACUGACGUUGUAGCUGUCUUGAUAAUAGAGAAGUAUAUUGAUCCAUCUAAGGUACAUACUCCAAAAGAUGUAGCUGAUGAUAUGUUGAAAUUGCAUGGCAUUUCGUUGACAUACAUACAGGCAUGGAGAGCUAAAGAAAAAGCAGUAAAGUUGGUGCGAGGAGAUCCAGCAGAAUCUUAAGCAAGAUUACCUGGUAAUUUCGAAAAUAAGGAUAAAUUUAAACAUUAGUCAUUGUGUUGUACUGUAACAGUUUGGUGUAUUCUUUAUGUAUAAAAUAUGUACAUUUUAUGUGUGAAUUGGACUGUUAUUUUCAAGUUAUUUUUACAUUUUGGAGCAAACAUAUCCAGGAUCUGUUUUGAAAAUAAAAAUGAAUGAAGGUGACACACUUUAUAUGCAUUUGUUGCGUUAGAAACUUGUAUUAGGAGUUGGGAUUAUUGUAGGCCAAUUAUAGUUGUUGAUGGUGCCGCAUUAAAAUGUUCAUAUGGUGGUACAAUGUUAACUGCAAGCACAUUGGAUCCGGGAGGUAAAUUAUUAGCCUAUUUAAUUUUCUAAUUAUAUAAUAUAAUGAAAAAACAUAUGAAUGAUAUUUCUGAUUUGUGUGAUAUUUUUUUUAAAUUAAUGAGCAGGUCAUAUACUUCCGUUGGCGUAUGCGAUAGUAGAUUCUGAAAUGAUGCUUAAUGGACAUGGUUCAUUGAGCAGUUUAGAGAAGCAUAUUGAGUUAGACAAAAUAUGUGUUUUAUGUCAGACAGAAAUGAAAACAUAUGGAAAGGGACAACAAAUGUAUAUCUUGAAUCAGAACAUUAUGCAUGCAUAUGGUUUUAUCAGUCAAUGUGUUGAAGAAUUUCAAUAGAAAUACUGAAGAUUUGAAAAUUUUGUUCUUUUCAUUGGCAAAAAGCUUAUACAAAACAAGAGUUUGAGACAAUUAUGGGAAGAAUAGAUCAGAUAGAUACGCGAAUACGACAAUACUUGUUUGA